AGAACCCCAAAACAUCUUGAGCUUUGUGCGAUUUUUCCCAUACCUGUCAUAACGUACCAGAUGAAGUAUUUCAACAGUGCCUAUUAGAGAUAGAGAGAGAGAGCCUUGCUAAGUGCGAAGUGAGCUCUUAUGGCGAACUCGGAGAUAGGAACGUGCUCUAGCAAUAUAUUAGGAGGUGAGUACCAAGUAUUCUUGAGUUUCAGAGGGUUCGAUACUCGUCGUGGAUUCACCAAUAGCCUCUACCAUGCCUUGGUAGAUGCCAGGAUUCGUGUUUUCAUCGAUGAUGAAGAGCUUCAACCAGGUGAUAGAAUUAGUGGCAACCUUUUGCGAGCAAUUGACGAUUCCAAGCUCUACAUACCCAUCUUCUCCAAAAAUUACGCUUCAAGUCAAUGGUGCCUCCGUGAACUUGCAAACAUGGUGGAGAACACCUCUAAAUCUAAAGAAGAUGGAAAGAAGGUCAUAUUGCCCAUCUUCUACGACGUGAAACCCGAUGACGUGAAACUAAAAACCACAUUGUACAACGAGGCCAUAUCAAAUUUGGAGCAAAAGAUGGAGGAUAAGAAGAAGAAGUUUAGCUCCAACGAUGUAGAGACAUGGCGGCAAGCUCUCAAAGAAGUUGAUAGCACCAAGGGAUGGGAGCUGGAGAAAUAUCCAGGCUAUGGGGAUCUUAUCAAGUCGGUUGUUAACGAGGUUGUGGUUAGACUCAAGACAAAACAAAGACAAGUGACCGAAGAUUUAGUAGGAAUGGAGGAUCGAAUAGCAGCCAUAAACAAUUUAUUAGACAUCGACUUCGGUGGUGUGCGGCUCAUUGGAAUCUAUGGGAUGGGUGGCAUUGGUAAAACAACACUUGCAAAGAUUAUCUUCAACCAACUAUGUCCUCGCUUUGGGAAAAACUGCAGCUUUCUGGAUGACGUGAGGGAAACGGCAAAAACCAAGGGCUUAGUCAACUUGCAAGAAAAAUUAUUGUCCGAUAUCUCUUACUCUAGAGUGACUUGUAACAUCGAUAACAUUGAUCAUGGGAUCAAUAUGAUUGGAGAAACAAUUUGCAACAAGAAGAUGCUCAUUGUAUUGGAUGAUGUCAGUGAGGGCAACCAAAUCCAAAAACUAAUCGGAGUGAAUUCUUUGUAUCCUGGUACUAGGAUACUUGUUACCACUAGAGACAAAAGCGUUACGAAAAUCCGGGGGUUUAAGUAUGAAAUCUUGCCUUAUGAAAUGGAGAGGUUGAGCGACAAAGACGCACUCCAACUUUUUAGUAGGCAUGCCUUCGAUGACAACUCUCCUCCAGCCAAUUACUACACUCUUUCAUACGAUAUUGUCUCUACUACUGGUGGACUACCUUUAGCUCUUCUAGCAAUAGGUUCAUCGCUUUUUGGUCAUGAAAAGAAAAGAAUAUGGAAAGAGAGGCUAGAGAAGCUAAGGAAAACACCUCAUAAGGAUGUCUUGGGAAAGCUAUGGAUUAGCUAUGAUGCAUUAGAGCCGGAUCAACAACAAAUAUUUCUCGAUAUUGCAUGCUUUUUCAUCGGUCAGAAUAAGACUAAUCCAAUGUAUGUGUGGGAAGAUUGUGGGUUUGGCCCAGAGGAUGCCAUUGAUGUCCUUAUUAAGAGGUGCAUGAUAAAGGUUUUAGAGGAUGAUAGAUUUGAGAUGCAUGAUCAGUUUAGAGAUCUUGGAAGGGCAAUUGCUAAACAAGAGUGUACCAGGAUGUGGGAUAGAGAUGACAUCAUUUGUGAAAUAAGAUCAACAGAGGUAAAGUAUGGCCAAAUUUGA